AUGAGGUUACCCCUACUGGUAACCAUCACAUUAAUCGCCUCGGCGACGGCGAUUUUCGAGGAUCAAGUGGGAAAAUUCGAUUGGAGAAAACAGUUGAUCGGGUGUCCGGCUAGAGUGGAUUUUGAUAAAGUUGGAAGCAAGUCCGACCGUCUCCUCAUCUCAACUGAACAAUCGAUUCUCUCCUCGUUAGUACUGAACACUGGAAAUAUCGGAUGGCGGCGGAUAAUGGAAGAUUCGAAUCAAGUUGUUCAACCGAAUGGGUUGACAUUUACCAAAGAUCAAGAAUACAUCUACUCGAUCUCAUCCGAUGGUCGUUCUAUUCGAGUUUGGCACAAAAAUAAUGGAGUAAUGGCUCGUCAGUUGACAAUUUCUGAGCAGAAAUCCACAAUUCAAGCGAUCCACGUGUCGAAUGGAAGAUUACACGUGGCGAGUGGAAAGACGCUUAUGGUAUUCCGUCUGGGUGAUGAUAAGCCACUGGAGACGAUUGUGUCGAAGAGAGAGAGAUCAUUCUCCGCCUUCUUCCAACAAGACGACCAUCUUGUUCACGUUUCUGCGUUCCCCGGAGACUUCAAUCUGGAAAUUGUGAAAAUUAGUGAUGAUGGGUCGUUUGAGACGCCGAAACAAGUGAUUAUCGAUGGAUUUGAUGUGGAGAAAUGCCAUCAUCAAUCUCAAUAUAUCUCAUGCUACCAUAACUCUCAACUUCUCGUCGCCGAUGUUUUUGCUCAAAAAGUGCACAAAACUACGUUGGAUUCUCAAAUUCUAUCGAUUUCCGGUUCAGGACGUCUCUUCUUGGCUCGUGGCUCCCAGAAAGUGCACAUUUUGGAGGUCACUCCAGAAAAUGGGCUCCAAGUUCGUAAAUCUAUCGAUGUGACGUCUUCUGACACCGUUGGAAUCACUGAAAAUCAUGAAUCCAUCGUCGUCACGUCGCCAGAAUCCAUCCGAAUCGUUUUCGUGAAUUCUGGAAAGCAUUUCGAGGCGAAACGCGAGAAAAAUGAGCAAAACUCGAGGAUUCGAUCGAUUUUCGCACGGAAAAAUGAGAAGGAUUGGGAAAUUGUGUUGAUUGGAAACGAUUGCCGGAUUGAGUUUGUUACGGUCGACGAGGGAUCGAAGAUUGUGAAUUUGGAAUGGGCGAGAGAAGAAUCCCUCAUCAACACGGUAUCCGUCGAGAUGGUGGAUCUUCCUCUGUCUGAAAGUCAACAAAUGAUUGAAGACGAAUUCGAAGAGGAGGGCCAACAGAAUAUCAUCGCCGCCUUCGUUCGUCGUAUCCACUCACAAGUCGGACAAUUGAUUCGUCAAGUAACGAAAAAUGUGGAAAAGGCGAUUCAAGUGGUCACCUCGUUGUCGAGAGAUGGAAAUGGAGUGGCGGAUUUCAUCAAUUCUGUUAGAGCUGCUGGACAAAUUGGCUCCGCCUCCUCAUCGGGACCAUUCGAACGUGACUAUUUCAAUCUCCGAAAAGUGAUAAUUGUCGUCACCUCCAGUGGUACGGUAUUUGGAAUCGAUAGCUCCGAUGGAUCGUAUCUCUGGAAAUUGUGGCUUGGAGACGCUUUCUCUCCGUUGGAAUCGCAAUUAGAUCAGAAAAGAGUUCCACUAUUCGUGCAGAGAACGACGGCGCAUUAUCAGUUGGAUGGAUUGGCGUCGGUGGUGUUUAGUAAUAAGAUCACCCAAAACGGAGUCAUCGUCUCAUUCAACCCGAUGAUUGGAAAAGUUGAAUCACGAAACGAGUUGGGAUACCCAGUGAAACGGCUCACAAUCCUACCGAUUCAUAAUCAUAAACAUGUCUAUCCGGUUAUGUUGAUUGGAAAGAAUGAUGAGAUCGCCGUCUUCCCGUCGAUCGCUCCAGAAGAGCUCACCCCUUCAACAACCUCUUUGUAUCUUCUGGAUCUCCAAAAAUCAUCGGUUCAAGGGCUGAAAGUUGAUAUUUCCACACAGAAAGUCACACCGAUAUGGCAGGGAAAUUUGGGAUUGACAUCUGAUGAUGAGAUUGUCGCUGUCAAGGGAAAAUCGUUUAAUCAGAAAGUGCACUCACAAGGACGAGUCCUGGUUACCCGUGAAGUCCAAUACAAGUAUAUCAAUCCAAAUUUGGCGGCUGUCGCCACAAUCAACAAGAACACCCAACAGUUGACAAUCACACUUGUGGAUAUUGUCACCGGACAAGUUGUGCACAGCGCAUCGAUCGGAAAAUCGGCGAAACCGAUUCAUUUGGUUCAUUCCGAGAAUUGGAUCGCGUACACCUCUUGGUCGGAGAAAGGACGCCGCACCGAGUUGGGAAUCAUCGAGUUGUACGAAGGAACCGAGGAGAAUCACACGCAGAAGGAAAUGUUCGACUCGAAAAUCGUGCAAAAACUGCCGCCAGUCGUCGCCCAACAAAGUUAUAUCUAUGCUCAAGGAGUCGAUGCGAUGAGUGUCUCGGAAACAGAACAAGGUCUCACCACUCGCUCGAUUCUUCUCGCCCAUCCAUCUGGAAACAUUCACGAAGUCUCUCGACGUCUUCUCGACGCGAAUCGCCCAAUGGAAUUGACGCCAGCGAUGAGAGAGGAGAUGAUGAUUGGAUAUAUGCCGGAAAUCGCUGUGGCCACUGAGGAAAUGAUUAAUUAUAAUCAGACAGUGCACAGAGUUAGAGGCAUUAAGACUAGCCCAUCCGGUCUUGAAUCGACGAGUCUCGUGUUAGCGUACGGUACUGAUCUCUUCUUCACACGCCUCGUCCCAUCCGGAACUUUUGACAUUUUGAAGGACGACUUCGAUCACGUCUUGAUUUCCCUGGUGCUCACCGGUCUCGUCGUCGGCUCGUACGUCACAAAACGACUCGCUCGAUCGAAUGCUCUCGCUUCCCAAUGGUCUUAA